CCUUGGGAGUGGUUUGAGAGCUAGAGGAAGUCGUCUCGCUGCUGUCGCGUGUUUGUGUGGUUGGAAGCGUCCCGCCGAGAUGCCUGAGCCAGCUAAAUCCGCUCCUGCGCCCAAGAAGGGCUCCAAGAAAGCCGUGACCAAGACCCAGAAGAAGGGCGACAAGAAGCGCCGCAAGAGCAGGAAGGAGAGCUACUCCAUCUACGUGUACAAAGUCCUCAAGCAGGUCCACCCCGACACCGGCAUCUCGUCCAAGGCCAUGGGGAUCAUGAACUCCUUCGUCAACGACAUCUUCGAGCGCAUCGCCGGGGAGGCCUCCCGCCUGGCCCAUUACAACAAGCGCUCCACCAUCACCUCCCGGGAGAUCCAGACGGCGGUGCGUCUCCUGCUCCCCGGGGAGUUGGCGAAGCACGCCGUCUCCGAGGGCACCAAGGCCGUGACCAAGUACACGAGUUCCAAGUAAGCGGACUGUUGCUUCGCAAGAAGACCCGAGAAUCCCCCAAAAGGCUCUUUUAAGAGCCACCCACUUUUUCCUAAAAGAAGCUGCAGUGACUCUUAUCUUGAUGCUUUACAAAUAAAGUGACAGUGCUUAAUGUUGGGGGUUUUGAUCAAACAUUGUGGUUUUAUGGAAGGACGUUCCUUGAGUCCAGUUUUAGGACUUUACCUGAAUAAAGCUAGAAACUCG